AUCCUAUUUGGCUUUGGCUGGACUCUCAUCCACUCCCCGCGCCUACAGUUGAGCAUCUGCGGAGAGUGGCCACUGUCUCCUGAGGCCUGAGAGCAGGCGUGCAUCCUUACAGUCCCCAAGGAGUCCUCCAACUCCCUGCGGGUUCACCACCCCCACUGCAGCUCUUAAUCUGGAACCGACUCAGUUCCCUCCUUGUCCAAGCCCAGCUCCCCGGUCACACGCCACCUAGAGCAGCCUCUGGUUGGAGAAGGUGCGGUCGCCCCGGGUGCUGGGCGACUCAAACCGGGUCAGUCAGGAGACCUCAGAAAGGCGACAGGGGGCAGGGCUUCCUGUGGGAAAGGGCCAGAGGGAGGCGACGGCCUCCUGCCUGGCUCUGCGGGGCUUUCCGCCCCGCGAGGGCUUUGCUGAGGUCACUCGCGCGAGGCCGCUCUUGGCGCGCCCGUGGGAGGCUCGGUGGCACGGGAGGACUGGCGACCUGCGGGUUCGGCGAGCUCGCACGGCGCUGGUCGCGACGACGGUCCCCACCGAGGCCGCCGCGCCGCUUCCACCGAAGACUCCUCAAGGCUCACGGACCUCCCAGCCCUCCCAGCCCCAGGAGAAGAGACAAGGCCCAAGAGUCCUGAUCUAGCUGUGGCCACUGGAAGGCUCUCAGGCCGGGGAGCGUCAUGUCCACCUUUGAAGACGCUGACACAGAAGAGACGGUCACUUGUCUCCAGAUGACCAUUUACCAUCCUGGCCAGCUACAAAGUGGGAUAUUUAAAUCGAUAAGGUUUUGCAGCAAGGAGAAAUUCCCUUCCAUUGAAGUGGUGAAAUUUGGACGGAAUUCCAAUAUGUGCCAGUACACGUUUCAGGACAAACAGGUUUCCCGAGUUCAGUUUGCUUUACAGCCGUUUAAACAAUUCAACAGCUCGGUUCUGUCGUUUGAAAUAAAAAACAUGAGCAAGAAGACGAGUCUGAUGGUGGACAACCAGGAGCUCGGCUACCUCAAUAAAAUGGACCUGCCUUACAAGUGCAUGCUCCGGUUCGGAGAGUAUCAGUUCCUGCUGCAGAAGGAAGAUGGAGAGUCAGUAGAAUCUUUUGAGACUCAAUUUAUCUUGUCUCCAAGGCCUCUCUUGCAAGAAAACAACUGGCCAACGCAGAGCCCCAUACCCGAGGAUGGGGUGUAUUCUUCCUACUUCACCCAUAGAAGUUCUCCUGCAGAAAUGGAUGAAAACGAGCUGUGAAGAGGGUCCACCCGGAGACACGUGAAGGAUGAGGACGCAUGGGUAGACACUCCUGCUUCCCUGGAGUUCGUGAGUGUAGCAUAACAGACGUCCGCGUGCUGACUUCAGUUUUGGCAGUGGCAUUUGGAAGUCUGUACACUGGGUUAGUCAUCAACUUAGUCAACUGUUUGAGUUUCGGCUCUACCAAGAAUUAAGUGUGCGGAGGUGGCGGGUAAGGCACGCCUUCCGCGUAAUGACGUCACUCUCGUUGCUUCUCUGCUUGACGCCACCCCCACGCUAUGUCUUGGUAGCAGCCAUCUUGUCCUGGUCACGUCAUUUCGCGGCAGCCUUUGUUUUUCAAGUUUAGAGCCUGGGCAGAUUGUUCACUGCUGGUGUCUUUGGCAUGCUAGUGCUUGUAGAGCCAGAGUCCUGGGCUAAGCUCUAGAGUGCUGAGUCCCUGAGUCACUGUGGCUCCAUUAUGGAAAGACUUGAGAAUAGCUCCUUGGUUUUCUUUCUAUGAACUGUCAUGUCCAUCCCUAAGACGGCAGCUUUGCUUUCUUAUGUGUAGGCCCUUCAGCUAACAUGUAAAGAACCAAAAUGGUUUUCUCCUGAAGUCGAAAGUGAAUUUUUUGUAUCUUAACAGAUUUAGAAAUGGCAGAAAUCAAAACGGUUUAGCAGCCUCUUCGCAUAUGAUGAAGUCGGAGCUCAGUUCCUCAGCUGCUUCUUUGAAACUUCUUAAAGGGAAACAUCUGUUCUUAGGCCGCUCUACAGAAGUCAGUAUAUGUGAAUAUUUAUAAUAAAUGCUUAACUAUUUCUAAACGUU